AAGAGGCGUGUCCCAUCGGGGCGUGUCCCGCCGGGGUGCCAUGGCGGGGCUGGCGGCGGGGGCGCUGCUCGUGUCCGCCCUGUUCGGCGCUUUGCUGGGCCCGGUGCUGGUGCUGCCCGAGGCCCGGCGGGAGCCGCGCCUCAAGCCGCCGCCCCCGACCCCCGUACGGCUCUUCACCGAGCCCGAGCUGGCCAGAUACGACGGGCGGCAGGAAGGACAGCCCAUUUACCUGGCAGUGAAAGGAGUAGUAUUUGAUGUCACUUCUGGAAAAGAAUUUUAUGGAAAAGGGGCCCCAUACAAUGCUUUGGUUGGAAAAGACUCAACAAGAGGAGUUGCCAAGAUGUCUCUGGAUCCAGCAGAUCUUACUCAUGACAUAACAGGGCUCACAGAAGAGGAACUGAAGUCUCUGGAUGAUAUCUUCAAUAACGUUUAUAAGGCCAAAUACCCAAUUGUUGGCUAUACUUCUCGAAGGAUUCUGAAUGAGGAUGGCAGCCCCAAUCUAGACUUUAAACCUGAAGAUCAGCCACAUUUCAACGUUAAAGAUGAGUUUUGAGGAACACUUCUGUACCCAGAGAAUGCCUGGGGAGAGACAUGAUAGAAUAUUAGAUGGAUUCCCUGUUUUCCGGAGUUCAUUACAACAAUUAGCUAUCUUGAGUCAGUUUUAUGUUUAGAGAAUAUCUUAUGUGUGUACACACAUAUUUUUCAUAGCAUUCUCGCUUCAAGAAAACACACAGAUCUGUAUUAGUGUCUUACACUCUGAGUGUUUGCUCUGAAUUAUGGGAAUUUUUUCAUACAGAAGUUCUUUCUGCCUGGAUCUCUCUGUUUACAAAUUUGGAAUGUAAAGUUACGUUCCUUAGAAGAGAUAAGGUAGUUUUUAAUAGUUGAAACAUGACUGGUCUUUUUGUAAAUCCCAUUUUGUUUCCCACUCCUUGGAAAACUGUGUAUGCAUUAUCUGAACAAGCUAAUAUCAAUUCUGUCUGCUUCAGGUGAGUGUAGGUAUCACAUGUACAAGCAGAUGCAAUAGAUGCUUACGUUUUAAAAAGCAGAGAGGGAUUUAAGAUUCGAUAAGUUUGAGAAUACUAGAUGUAAAAACACACAAUCACUUAAAAUGCAGUUACUGUAGAGUAUUUCUGCAAAGCCUACAGGUGUAAACCAGGAAAAAUAAAUCUUUUUUUUUUACUCUAUGAGAACUACUGUGACAUUUUAAGUAACACUAUUAUUAUAUUAGUUUUGAAUAAAUGAUACUUUAUUUUUUAAAAAUAAUUAUCAAAGAUGUCAUCUAUAUUAUGAUGAUGAUUUCCUUCUGGCUUCUUCCACUUCUUCUCUGACAAAUAAAAAAGGAACCGGUAGCCCACUAUUUACCCCACGCUCUUACAGCACAGGUUUAUAUAGUAGGUUAGUACUCUGUAGUUAUUGUUAGCAUCUUUAUAUUGACAAUUUAAGCUCUCCUUUUUAAUUUCUGUUUUUCUUUGCUUUUACUCCAUCAUUGCUGUUGCAAAGGAAGGGUGAAAGCAGACCCCCUCGGUCGGGUUUCUUUAGCAGUGAGCAGACUGUAAAAGCACAUGCUAUGUGAAUUGCUGGUAACUGCUGGCUUCCACUAACUUAAGUAGAACGUAAAUUCUCAUGUAUGUGGGUUUAUCCGCCACUGUGGCAGGUUGAGUUGACAUGGAAAAACGGAGCAGCUACUCCCAAUUCUAUAUUAAUAACAUAGAUAUAAUAAUAAUACAGUUCUAUAUUUUUUCUCUUUGUAGCAUUUUAUUUACAUUGAAGGAAGUAUUUUAUUAGAUGAUUCUCCAUUUUAUGGUGUGCAGGGGACAGCUGCCUGUCAGUUAAAUAUCUAGAAAAGCCUUUCUUUCACUGUUACUAUCUUACUAUUGUUUUGUAUCUUACUAUUAGACCACUUGAUUUGGAGGAGGGACUCCGUAAGGCCCCUGCUCUUGGAUCGUACUCUGGGGUGGAAUAAAUAAUUUAGCAUCAAAGAAAAUACUGUUGCUUCAGAGAAUUAUUUUUAUUAUAACUGCUGACCAUUGAUUAGAUUAGACCAACAGCAGCUGGGAGUUGUCCCCCUGAUCAUACCUGCCACCUUUAUGGGAACGGGUGUGGGUUGGUGGUAAUGGUGGUUGUUCUGUUGCCAGCAUUUCAUGAUUCAUUUUCUAAUGCCUAAUGAUUUUCCCCCUUCGCUUCCUUGCAUGUUUCCUUACGGGACAGCUUGCGUAGCUGUGCUGCUGUGGUUGCUGUAAUAGUCGUGGCUUCAUCUGGAAUCAGUGUAUCCAGCUGCAUUUCAAAAGUGUUAUACAGAAAUGUUGCUGAUCACUACCGCGUGGCUUAGUGUUACUCUUCUCUCCCUGUGUUUCCUAUUCAUGCUAUUCACCUUUGCUGACCUCGAAGUGGGUGACUCGGCUUCUAUUUGUACUACUUUUCAGUGAAGAAACCGUCCUGCUGCAACAGGAAAUGGUGAUAUAAACCCCAGUCUCGUAGCGCGAGAUCCUUGCAAAUCCAACCUGUCCUUAUCCAUGUCUGUGAAUGGAGGGAGAUGCUCUAGUCCUUCCUAUCUGUUAUUAAAGACAGGAUUAUCACAACUGAGUGCAUUUUAGAAUGCAAAAUGGUUCCUUUUUUGUUUUAUUUCAGUUGAGGAACUGAAGGACUCACAUUUAACUCCUUCUACGCUUGAACUUGAGGUUCCCACUCAACAAAACUUUGUUAUGAUAAUAAGCUUUAAGUGGGCACAUCUCCUUAACAUGUUUUCACUGAUUACUUAUUAAAAAUUUACUUGGAGUACCACAGUAUUUCUUUAAGUGUUAAUUUAAUUUCUUGUAGUGUUAAUUCAAUGACACUAUUCAUGUCUAAGCUUGUUACUUGCCAAUAGCCUGAAAUUUAUUUUGCUUAAAAGCAGACUGUCUGCCAUGGUGGUUCAGUUCGGUACGUCACCUCUCCCUGACUUCUGUGUUAUUCCAGUAAGACAAGUGCCUUCACUAGCUAUAAAUUGCACUCAAAACAAGCAAGCUGUGUAAAGCUCUAUGGUAGCCCUCCUACUACUCCACGCCUCCUUUGGAGAACGAAGAAUUUCUUUUCAGUUUACUUGCUGUUUCCAGAUAACAUUACAAAUGUCAUUAUUUUUUGAUGUGCCACUUCUAAUCUGGAUCUUGCUAAUUUAACAGGGCUUUAAUGAAUGCUGCACCAAGAAUUACCUUACCUUAGUAUUUAAUAAAAGUUCACUCUUCAGAAUGUUAAUUAUUAAAUAGGCUCACUGCUUAGAGGAUGCAUAAUAUGAACUGCUAUUUCCCACCUGACCCUUUUUUUUCAGUAGUCCCUCAGUUCGAUCCUAAUGCAUUGGACUCACUUUUGUGGCAGGAUAGAUUCUGUCAUCUGUACUUUAAAAAGGACUUCUCUCAUUAACAACUGGAGCAAGAGUACUAAUAAUAUAAGCAAACAAAAUUCAGUAAAAGGCUUGUGAAAUGCAGAUCUUUACUUUUGCAGUUGUAGAGACUGCAGUUAGUUGAAAUCCUAGUAAAAGUGAGUAAGGCGUGCUAUCAGCUGUUAGUCAUGAUUAUUAAUUAUUGCAUCCUAGUCUAAACAAGACCACCUGCCAGAAUGCAGAGACUCUGAAUCCAGCAGAUUAAGUGGCUGAGAUUUUUCCAGGAAUUUGAGAUUAGACAUAAUUCCAAAUUAGUGGAUGUCCCAUCAUUGGACCUCUUCAGGACCAGGUUAGAUGAGGCUUUGAGCAACCUGAUCUAGCAGAAGGUGUCCCUGCCCACAGGACACCCAGACCGCUCUAUGAUUCCAUGAUAAAACAGAGCUAUUUCUUUCCUAACUCUAAUGUGUAUAUGGACACCGUUCUUUUUGUGGCCCUUUGACAAAAUAUGAGCAUUCCAUUGAUUGAAGUGAAUCAGUUUCUGUGUUAGCGUUACUUUGAAAACUGCAGCCUAGGCUAAUGUUCUUUCUGGUCUGAUGAUAGCAGCUGUGAAUUCAUAACAUCAUGGCAAUCAGUGUAGGAGCAUGUUUCAGACUGCACUUGUCAGACUUGCUAGACUUUCAAAUUUCAGUAAAAAUUAAGAGAAUGUUUAUCUGUUUAAGUAGAGUGAUUUGGAGUGGUAGAAGCCUCAACAGUUUUUAAAUCACCUCCUUGAACUUCUGUUUCAAAACCACCAUUAGACUACCUAUUCAACAAGUGGAAGUCUGGAAAGGGGGUUAGUUGCUGUAGUUUUUUCCCUUGCAAGACUCCCAAGAACAUGUAGAACUCGCUUGAUGGUGCAGGAGAGAAAACAAGAAAAAAAAUGGUUUAGCUGACUUUUACAAAUGUAUUCUGUCUCUUUUAUAGAUAAACACACUUAUCUGAAAUGUGUUCAAUGUAAUUUGCAUCUGCUCAAGAGAAAACGGAAGAGAUGUGAAAAGUUUCAUUAAGGAAGUGCAAUGCUAAUUUUUCAGCUGAUCUGGUUAAACUGAGAGGAGAAACAUUCAGAAAAACCUUCUGACUACUUUUGUGAGUUAAAAAGCUGCCGUUCAGUAGGAUUCAGCUGCACAUCAGUAAGAUGUGCUGAGCAGCUCUGAUUAAUAUUUGGUUUCAGAUGAACACUGGAUAUACUCAGGGAUAUCUUGAAAUCCCCAGAACUGACAUAAGCGAUAACAAUAAUACAUUUUGUAUGUAUUUAUGUAUGUAUUCAUCCAUUUAUGCUUUCACUUAAUGUUUUUCCAUCCAUGCAGGAAACAAUACACAAGCCAUGCAACUUCUAUGACAAUUCCAUACACCAUGAGUAUUAGUCAGGUAAAGUAAAACACACAUGAACCUAUAACCUGAAGGCUGUUCGCAUGAUAUACAUGUGGCUGUUUUCAAAGAAAAUCAGUCCUGUCUGUGAAUACUUUGAUUACGGCAAAAAAAAAAAAAAACCUUUUAGAUUUGUAAUAAUUACUUCACUUGGAGGCCUGUCAGAGAAUGCUGAUUUAAAUAGUUACAGACAUAAUAUAGAAUGUAUCUGACUGCUUUGACAGAAAAAAUAGUGCUAUAUCAAAAGUAUCAAAAGGUGAUCUUUUUUUUUCACUCUACUCAACCAGAGUCUCAAAGAACUAAGUAUAUGAGAGGUGUAUACCACUGCUAGAAGUACUGUAAUAACAUAAGCAUGAUUUUGAUCUUGGCAUGACCUAUAAAACCCCAACCCAGAAAACAGUAUAGGUGGCAAACAAGAGUAUAUCUCAGUGUGCUGAUGGGACAAUUUAUACUGGUAAGGUAGAUGUGGCAGAGCAGUACAUGCAGGUGUGUUAGCAGACAGUGCUUCCUAUUAUUACUUCUGUCAAAUAUGGUCAAUGGUAACAAUAUAAACUUGUACCCUUAGCCAUCUGCUUGUCUUUACAUGAUGCUUCUAUUUUGGCUUUUUUCUUUCUGUUCAGUAGAAGGUGUGAGUCCUAAUUUAUUCGUUUACAAAACUUACGCUUAGAUCUUCUUGGUUACGUUAUCUGUUGCAAGAAAUCCAAAAUAACGUAGAAACUGAUAUUAACAUUUGAUGAAAACUAGAGCUUGUGUGCCUGGUUGAAGAACUGCAGAGACACAGGAACUAUUCUUGAAUAAACAAUUCAUAUUAGGUUUCCCAUAGCUUAUUUGUAGCAGCUGCAAUCAAAAUUCUGCAUUGUUAAUGAAUGUUCAGAUUACUGCAUUCUGCAGUACUUUUUGACAUAAGCCUUUAUACUUCUGACAUGAGACAUCAUCUUCUUGAGAAGUGAAAAGUUCAGAAGAAUCUGAAUGCAAGCCAUCUUGGGGAUAAACCAUCCAAGAAAAAUCAAUAUAUGACAAUUUUUCCUCAACUUAAAGAAAUCUCUCUGAAAAAGGAAAAAAAAUCAAUGCCUCAGUGUCUAGAUUUUGCUGGAAGUUUUUUCAUACUACGUAAAGGCAGCAGAUAAAAUUUGAGUCCACUUCUUGGCAUUUCUACUUGGGCUUUAAUGUUUAUGACCUCACAGGUAACAGACUGAUGACAAAGAUCCAAACACAUGAACUGAGUGCAAACAGGUCUAAACAUGUAGGAAUGUUCGAAUGCAGAGCUGAACGGAAAGCCUUGCACCCUACUUUUGUAGGCAACAAAGUCUUUGAAUGAAAAAAAACCCUUACAAGUAGCAUUUGUUCAGCCAGUAGAGGAAAAGGAAGUUUCUUUUCUGGCACUUAGACAUACAGAAUUAGACGAUGACUGGAGUGAAAACUUUCCUGUGCCUAAUUCUACGCUCCUUUGCAGAGACAGUAAAAUCACUUGUGUUGGAUAUGCAGAGCCUGGAGGAUACCUUUAUAGAUUAAAGUGAUAACUGGUUCAAAAUAGCUGUGCAGAUCAAAAGUAUCCUGGGAGGUUACUGUUCUCGUUGGAGGCUGUGCCUACAUACUCUUUAUUUUACAUCGCAGUGCUCUUUGGUAAUGGUCAUUUAUAAAGGCCAGGUAACUCAAACUUAUUCAUUGCACUUAACCCUUUAUUAAUUUUUAAGCCUGCACAAGGCUCUUAAAAACAUACUCUCACUAAAAAGAAUAAAUAUUGAUCCACAGCAAGCGAAGUGUUAAUUCUUAACUGCAGAACUGUGCAGCUUUGCUUCAGACCUAAGUAUACUUACAGCAAACAUAUUAAUUGAAGGUAUUACACAUGCAAAAUGUGAUUAUAUUCUUAGGUUACAUGUCUGUGUCCUACAUUAUGCUUGGAAGCAUCUCAAGAAGAUCACUGAUUUUUCCUUAUUUAUUGUUUAACCAUGCUCUGAACUUUAAAGUAUUUAUGCAGUGCUUUUAAGAAUAGGACAGUAGGACUUUCAAGGUGUUUGUGAUGUAUUUUCAUGUUACAGAAAGACAAACAUAUAUGUAUGUCCGAGAUACAAACCAGACAGAGUGUUUUAGACAAAGGCAACAGUCUUACAGUCUUUCUAAAACAUGCUCUAUUCCAUAUAUUUCUUAAACUGAACUGGCGAGGAAUAACACCCUGUGGUUUUGAUCUCUGAUACAACAAAAUUGUAGACAGAUAUGAAAUUAUGAUGGUGGCCUGUAGGCAUAUCUGAAAAGCGCUCGGUAUUAGCAUGCUAAAGAUCAACCUGUAAAUUUUAGUGAACCUGAAAUGAUUUUAAGAAUAUGUGCCUAGUAGGGAUGUUUGAGUGCAUGCUGAGCCUCUCUAUGAUUCUACACAUUAUGUUAUUUUCCUAAAUUGCUGCUGCCAAGGGUAAAUACUUCCUUCCCAUUUCUCUGAAUGGUCUCCACUGGGUUUAGCAUAUCUUGGAGCUGGAAGAAGAUUGUCUGCUGAAAAGUUUAUGUGCAAAGCAGCAGCCUAUCAGCGGAAUAUAACAGUCUGAGGCAGAAGGAAGGUAGGUGAGUGAAUUUCUGCUUAAAAAGCAGCAGGAGAUUAUAAAUAACACACAGGAGAGGACAGUUUCAGAAGAGGUGAAACUUGCUGAUGCACUAAGAGAAAAGGUUGAACUUGAGAACGGAAAAAGUGUGACAUCCUCCUUGGAUACAGUUCUGGGAAAAUCAGCAUGAAUUAAACAGUUCAUGACUGCUGGCUCCUUGCUUGACAUCCUCUGUCUCAUUUUCCAAAAAUACUGAUGCCUUUGGCUUUGACAGCUUGCAGGUGCCUGGAUUCAUAGAAAAUCAUGCUGCUGCUAUUCAGUCCACAACUUAUCAUUUUUUUCUCAUUUUGUGUCUAAAUGCUCAUUCUAGUUUAAGAAAGAAGGCUGGAAUGUUGCAGCUGAAGAGGUGACUAGGGACAAGAGUCAAAGAUACAAACCUCAGCUUCACUACAACUUUCAAUCCUUAAUGCUAGGUUUCCUGUCUGUUAAGUGAGCUGAUGGUUCCCUUCAAUCGUCUUUCAACCAUCCCUGCUGGGACUUCCAUCCAUUUGAAGAUUAUAGUGUUGGUUGGCCAUUUGGGCUGGUGGGACCUUAAGAUAGCAGUAAUAUCAAGAAUGCUACUUUCUGAAGCUCUGGCUUUAACUUCCUCACUCCAAAGAGGUAUUGCUUUGUGGUGCUUCAUCUUUCAGCUGGAGUGAGUAUACUUCACCCAUGUUCGUCUGUGUCUGUCAUCACUUGGAAUUUGUCGAAAUGUCCAUUGGUCAUUUGUUUGUUGAAAUACUGAUAGAAACCAUGAUGAUCCCAAGAGUAUUUCUGGCUCUCGCCUUAAGAACAUUGUAUAAAAUGUGUUAAUGAUGCAUUCAAAAUGUCCAAAGUGAAGGUGCAGCUGGAAGCUAGAGGUAAACUUUUCAUCCACUAGGCUUAGUUAAUUUAUGGUAAAUAGGCUAGCUAUUUCAAAUAAGUAAGAAAAUAGCUGCUAAUCCCCAAACGACUGUUCUUAACCUUUGCAGAAUGAGAUACAUUAACCUGAACUGCCCCAAGUGCCUAAAUGAGCUUUCCAGCCUGAAAAAAAAAAGUAAAAUCUUAAGCAAGAUUUUAUCUGAAUAAUGAUGGUAGCUGCAUCAGCUUCACAGAGUAAUAUAUAUUUAUGGGAAACUUUAAUAUAUAGGGAAAUAGUUACAAACUAUUAUUCCACGAUACUGUAGCUCCCCUUAUUGCAAGCCCUGUCAGAGGGUAUGCAUAUGGAUUCCUCAUGGUACUGUGAAAACACAGAAGUAAGCUAGUCUAAGUCGGUCUUUUAAAUAUAUCUGGCUUCUGUUACCUUUUAAAAAAAAAUCACUCCCAUUCCACUAGGCUGUUUGAUUUAACAACAACAGAAAUAAAUCAGGGGUUGCCCUGAUACUAGCUGAAAAAUUAUCUCACCGUAUGUGUUCUCAUCACAGGUGGGAACCUGCUGGCCACUUAGAAUUGCAGAAUGUUUUUUGUUGGAAGGGACCUUAUGGACUGGGAAUUCUGGUUCUGAUUGCACACACUGUUCAUAGUCACCUAAUCUCACUGGAAUAACCACAUCAGUUAUUUACCUAAAUACUUUUAAAAUUCUACUUUAAAAAAAAUGCAUUCUGUUUUUAAUGCAAUUGAACCAAAAACAAAGGCAGCUAGCACCAUGUGACUAGAGGGGUCUCCGUGAGCCACUGGAAUGCACUUCUUGAUUUACGGACAGGGUUUGGAAAGCCAAAUGAAUUCUGCGGAAUGUUUAUAUGAAAGCAGUACUCUCCAUAAUUUCCUCUAACUGGACUGUCCUUUCGUUUAUGUCUUUUUCCAUCAACUCAUUUAGACUGACUCAUCACACCUAAAAAUAGGUUUAUUUUAUCUUUUUAUACUCAGAAUAACACCACAAAAUGGAUUAUGCCUCGAUGCAGUUAUCUGAGAAAACCUACUCUGUUAUUUCAGCUCAUUCCUUUUGGUGUCUGAAAAAUCACUGAACCACACAUUAAGUUGGUAUAAAUUUACAAAACCAUAAAAGUCAAAGAAGUUAUGUGCAAGAACCUGCCGCCAGCUUGCAAAGAUUACUCUCUAGGCCAUAGAGAACAUCUCACUUUUAGAUAUCCUGUUAGAAACAGAGGAUCACUGCAGUGCUGUUAAUGGACUCAUCCCAGAUCUAUGUUGGUGUUGCUUCAAAUAAAUCCAAGAUGCUUGAAUUCUGAUUUUUGGCAUGUGCUGGAACAAUUUUUCUAUGCAGCAGGAGCUGGCUUUUCACCACUGGAGCUGAAGGAGGAACUCUGUGAAUUCAAGCUCUUAUCCUGUCUAGGACAAACCACAAGAAAGAAACAACCCCCACAUUAGUUUAUUAUUC